UCUAUCUAGAGUAUUAUCAAUUUCCUUUGGCAUGACUUUGUUUGAUAUUGGGAACAACAACAUGUCAGGUACAAUUCCCAUGUCAAUGGGAAAAUUAACAUUGCUUCCGGUAGCUGUCAUCAGGAUGAGUAAUAACUUUUUUGAGGGUCUCGUUCCUUGUGGAUUACGUUCAACAUCUUUAAUAGAUUUUCUCAUAACUCACUUUCGGGACCUUUACCUCCUUGCUUGGAUAUACAGACUAAUGUACUUUUGCAAGGGAACAAGCUUACAGGAUCUAUACCGAAAGCUCUUUUCAAUUCAUCAUUUCUUAUGACAUUGGACAUUAGUGAAAACAACCUUUCCGGCACCCUUCCUGUUGAAAUCACUACACUUUCUAACUUAAGAAUACUUUUGUUGGGAGGCAACAAUUUUAGUGGUAUGAUUCCAAACCAAGUAUGUUUGCUAAAGAAAAUAGGCAUAAUGGAUCUUUCAAGGAGCUCCUUUUCUGGGACGAUACCGCAUUGUCUUCACAAUAUUACCUUUGGGAAGAUAAAUCCUACUGAUCUAGCCUUUUCAGAAACUUCUGUUACUCCUGUGUUAUUGCAAAUGGAACCAGAAACUCCAACAUAUGAAAGUCUUCUAGAGAAAUAUCUUCCAGAGGCUGAUACAGAUUUAUCACAUGAUAGGAAAGAUAUUGAGGUUGAGUUUGUAACGAAGUAUAGGUCUAGCUCCUACAAGGGUGGCAUCCUUGAUUACAUGGCUGGGUUAGAUUUGUCAUGCAACAAACUAACAGGUGGAAUCCCAAAGGAACUAGGAAAACUAUCUUCAAUUCGUUCACUAAACUUGUCUUACAAUCAAUUGACAGGUUCGAUUCCAGAAGAAUUUUCGAGUUUGGCUUCGAUAGAAAGCUUGGACCUUUCUCACAAUAGUUUGAGUGGAGAAAUUCCCUCAACAUUGAUUGAUUUGUAUUCUAUGGGAACAUUCAAUGUUGCAUACAAUAAUUUAUCUGGUAAAGUUCCUGAUAUGAAAAAUCAAUUUGGGACUUUUGAGAAGAGUAGCUAUGAAGGAAAUCCAUUUCUUUGCGGACCACCAUUGGAGAAUUGCACCACAGGUGAUAAGUAAAAUCCAAAACCAAAAGAGCCUUCAAAAGAAAGUGAGAGAAAAUGGUAUGAAGUAGAUCAUGUAGUCUUUUUUGCAAGCUUCUCAGUAUCUUACCUUAUUUUCUUUUUGUUGGUAGUUAGUAUCCUUUAUAUUAAUCCUUACUGGAGGCAGAGGUGCUUCAAUUUGAUUGAGGAUCUCAUGUACUGGAGUUAUUUUACAGUUUUGAUACCCCUAAAAAGGUUGGCAAAUCGACGAUGUCAACAUUAGAUAUCUCCUGGUUACAUGGACAUCUUUAAAGGCAGUGAUGAUAGCCAGUUGUGUACUUGCAUAUGUAUUUGAUUAUCAGUAAUGGUUGUUGCGCUCUAAUAUUAUGAAUCAAGG